AUGGGUGGCGGCAGCAGCUACGUUCGUACCGGAUAUCCGCCCGUCCUGGGUGGCUCGCCGAGGUGUAUUCGGGGCCUGGCUCUGCUCCGGACGGAGGUGUGCGCCUCAUGUUUGCUGGAGGUCCAGCUGCCGGGGAACCGGGCUCAGCCCGCCUGUCCGCCCCGCCCAGUGGCGUUCUGCCGGACCGGCCAGAGCGGCGGGCUCCGUGGGAAGACGACUUACUACUUGUCGACUAUCGAUCUCGUGCCGCCCACUGACGCUCAAAGCGAUGCUCGCUCCUUCCUCACGGAGGAGAUGAUUGCAGAGUUCAAGGCCGCCUUCGACAUGUUUGACACUGAUGGCGGUGGUGACAUCAGCACCAAGGAGCUGGGCACCGUGAUGAGGAUGUUGGGACAAAAUCCAUCCAGGGAGGAGUUAGAUGCCAUCAUUGAGGAAGUGGAUGAGGAUGGCAGCGGUACCAUUGACUUCGAGGAGUUUUUGGUCAUGAUGGUGCAACAGUUAAAGGAGGACCAAGCUGGAAAGAGUGAAGAGGAGCUUUCGGAAUGCUUUCGUAUUUUCGACAAGAACGGUGAUGGAUUUAUCGACCGAGAGGAGUUUGGAGACAUUCUGCACAUGACCGGUGAAGCUGUCACAGAAGAAGACAUUGAUGAGAUGUUUGGCGAAUCUGACAAUAACAAGGAUGGAAAAAUUGAUUUUGAUGAGUUUCUGAAGAUGAUGGAGAAUGUCCAGUGA